AUGAGCUCUCCAUAUAAGAAAAAUUUCAGGAUUGCGGCCUUGAAGCAACGUGUGGAGAUCGAUCUCAAGCACGGGGAGAAGACAUGUAAAGUUCUUGAGCGUGCUAUUUACGAGAUUUACAACUGCAACGCCAGCGGCCUUAGCUUCGAGGAGCUUUACAGGAGUGUUUACAACAUGGUGCUGCAAAAAUAUGGUGAAAAACUGUACAAUGGGCUUGUGGCAACCCUGAUAUGGAAUGUAAAGGAAAUGUUAAGAUCUUUUAAGGUGGCUCAAAAUGAUCUCUUUCUCGUAGAGCUGAACAGAAAAUGGGAUAACCAUAACAAGUCAUUACAGAUCAUCCGAGACAUAUUCAUGUACAUGGAUAGAACCUUCAUCCCCAAUGCUCGAAAGACAUCAGUUCAUGAUGUUGGUUUGAUUUUGUGGAACGACAUCGUUCUCCAUUCUUAUAAGAUUCAUAAAAGGUUGGUCACCAUCCUUCUCGAUCUCAUUCAAAAAGAGCGGACUGGCCAAGUUAUAAACCGCAAUUUGAUGAGGAAUAUGACGAAGAUGUUAAUAGAUCUUGGUUCUUCCGUGUAUCAAGAGGAUUUUGAGAAGCCUUUCUUAGAGGCUUCGGCUAGCUUCUACAGUUGUGAAUCCCAGCAGCUCAUUGAAUGCUGUCAUUGUGGGGAAUAUCUUAAGAAAGUUGAGAAACGGCUCCAUGAAGAAAUAGAGAGGGUUUCUCAUUAUCUGGAUGAGAAGACAGAACCAAAAAUAAUGUAUGUGGUUGGGAAUGAGAUGAUUGCAAGUUCUAUGCAGAGGCUGGUUCACAUGGAGAGCUCUGGUCUUCUGAAUAUGAUUAUGGGUGACAGGUACGACGAUAUGAGCAGAAUGUACGGCUUGUUCAGACUAGUUCCUGAAGGCAUCUCAACCAUUAGUGAUGUGCUGAACGCACACCUCCAGCAAAUUGGAAAGCAGAUAGUAACUGAUCCAGAGAAGCUGAGGGACCCCGUCAACUUUGUCCAGUGUCUUCUCAAUGUCAAAGACAAACAUGACAAGAUCAUCAGCUCCGUGUUUAACAAUGAUAAGACUUUGCGAAAUGCUUUGAAUUCCUCUUUCGAGUAUUUCAUAAAUCUGAACAACAGAUCUGCAGAAUUCAUUUCCCUAUAUGUUGAUGAUAAGCUCCGGAAAGGUCUUAUAGGUGCCAGUGAAGAGGAUAUGGAGAUUACACUUGACCAAGUAAUGAUGCAAUUCAGAUUUCUUCAAGAAAAUGAUGUCUUUGAAAAAUACUACAGGCAGCAUUUCGCAAAGCGCCUGCUUUCUGGUAAAAGUAAAACUGUCUCUGAUGAUGCUGAAAGAAGUCUGAUAGUUAAGUUCAAGACUGAGUGUGGUUAUCAAUUUACUUCCAAAUUGGAAGCCAUGAUUACUGAUAUGAAGACCUCCGAAGACACAAUGCAGGGUUUUUAUGCUAGCCAAGUGUCAUCUGAUGCUACAAAUAACCUCUCUGUCCAAGUUCUCACAGCUGGGUGUUGGCCUAUCCAGCCUAUUGCGCCAUGCAAGCUUCCAUUUGAGAUACUUGGCAUGUGCGACAGCUUCCGAAAUUAUUACUUGGGCACUCGCACAGGCAGGAGGCUAACCUGGCAAACGAACUUUGGCACCGCUGACCUGAAAGCAAACUUCGAAAAGAAUCAGAAGCACGAGCUUAAUGUCUCCACCUAUCAGAUGUGCAUUUUGAUGCUAUUCAAUGCUUCAGAUCAAUUAACUUGCAAAGAAAUUGAGCAGGCCACUGAGAUCCCAACAUCCGAUCUGAAACGCUGUCUUCAGUCUUUAGCUUGUGUCAGAGGUAAGAAUGUACUCAACAAGAAUCCCAUGAGCAAAGAUAUUGCCGAGGAAGACGCCUUCAUGGUAAACGACAAGUUCUCCAGCAAGUUCUUCAAAGUGAGGAUUGGUACUGUGGCGGCCAGGAAAGAAUCAGAGUCAGAGAAGCAGGAGACACGGCAAAGAGUGGAGGAGGACAGGAAGCCUCAGAUUGAAUCAUCCAUUGUGAGGAUUAUGAAAUCCACGCGAGUUCUAGAUCACAACAAUGUAGUUGCAGAGGUGACAAAACAGUUGCAGUCUCGGUUCUUGCCGAACCCUGUUGUCAUUAAGAAACGUAUUGAAUCUCUCAUUGACCGGGAGUUCUUGGAAAGAGACCCAGCAGAUCGCAAGCUGUACAGAUAUCUCGCUUAG